AUGUAAUGUAAAUCAUAUUUAAUACCAAUCUUAUGCAGUUAGGAUUAGAGUGUAGGAUGUACUGUUAUGUUACCUGUUUGCAGUCAGCGUGUAUGAAAAGCUGACCUUCCUAGCAACACUGUACCCCGGAAGUGGUGUUUACGAGGAAGUCAGAGAAAAUUAUUGUACAGUUAACCUCGAUCGCGUACACACGUAAAAUAAAGUCCGUGCGAAAACCACGUGUCCGUAUUUAAUUCUCUCUGCUACAACAUCAGAAGUGGGAUCGAUAAAAUGGCCAACCGGCUAACCAAAGACGAAUUGAUGGAAUGGCUGCAAGAACGGAACAUCGAAUUCCCAGCUUCGGCGACCGUCCGGCUUCUACGUACAUUGUAUGAGAGCCACAUGCCUCGUGCAGAGAUGGAGGAGGAGCAAGAAGAUGACGAGGAACAGGAAGCCAGAUUGGACGAGCAGAUCCGGAUUCUGGAAAAGAAAAAACAGCUCGCAGAGUUAAGAAGAGAGCUGGCAGUAUGUGAAACUCAAGUCGUUCGACCGGCUGAAUUCCAGGAUGUGAAAUGUGUGAUACCGAUGUUCACUGGCAGUGAUUUGUGUGUUCCAGAAAAGUGGAUUUCGGACUUCGAGAGGGCUUGUGAUGCCGUUCGAGGAGAUGGAGAAUUCCGUCUGAAAAGUGUUCGGGACUCAUGGAACCGGGAACGGAGGCAGAAUGGUUUCUGCGAGUUGACCGUUCACACUCAUACGAAGAGUUCCGUGAACACUUCUUAGGAUGUUUUGGACAUCGACUUUCUAUGUCAGAAGUUAUCGAUAAGCUACGGAGAACCACUUUCAGCACCUGCAAAACAACUGUAGUGGGUUACAUUCUUAGAAUGCAAGAGAUCGCUUCAUGUGCCGAUAUUGAUGAAGCGCUUACAGUCCAAAUGAUAGUCGACGGAUUUCAGGAUCGUACCGCUGAUAUUUCGGUUUUGUAUCCAGCAACCAACUUGAUGCAGCUUAUGCAUUUAGCAAGACGAUACGCCCAGCUCCGAGAAUUACGACCCAGCUCCGCUUGUAUUACUUCAACGUGUUCAUCGAAGAAACCAAAGCCUAAAGACGAUUCCGAAUUAGGACUUCGGUGUUAUAACUGUUCGGGUGAAGGACACAUCUCCGCUCGCUGUCCAGAACCUCGACGAGAGCGAGGAUCCUGCUUCCGGUGUGGAUCUCAGCAACACGUCAUCAGGAAUUGCCCUCGUCCCGCGCCACAAAAUAAAAACAAAGUGGCACUCGUCGACGACUUCCGUCAGAACUGCCAGCCUGAUGCUAUCGGGGAACAACUGGGCGGCGAAAUCGCCGAAAUUAAUCGGUCCGAUCAAUCUGGCUAAACGUUCGGUUAUCCCGCAUAUUUUUACGCUGAAGGAAGAGAAAUAUAGUGGAUUCCGAAGUGUGGGGAACUUUCCGCUCUGCGCUUACGGCAUCGUUUCGGGUCGUGUUACUUACGCCAACCAAUCUGAAAUACUGGAUUUUUUCAUUGUCCCUGAUCAUUUUAUUACCUACCCCCUACUACUAGGGAGAACCUUUUUGAAAGCCUUUGGAAUUGCUUUAUUUAACAAACGAGUUCACAAACCAACAGUUGAAUUGAAGAAUAAAAAUCAAAUUCGAAUUUCCGACAGUUUAUUGCAUUGUAUGUUUGAUUUAUCGCAACCGAAUUCCGAAAGAAUUAAUGACGACUGCCCCAGGUGUUCUAAUUUCCCCCCGGAGGCGCUGACUGAGCCAGCAGCUUAUGCAUUGCCAGAUAUUUACGCUAUCGAGCUAGGUGAUGAAUUAGUUAUUAAUCAUCAAUUAGGAAGUGAUCAUAAGAAGCACCUUCUAACUACUAUUAAGGAAAAUUACUUAGACACACCAUGCAUUCCGGAAACAAAACACGCUUACGAAAUGAGACUGAAGUUAACUUCCGAUAUUCCGAUAAGCUUUGGACCCAGGCGGCUAUCAUACAGCGACAGAGUCGAAGUAGACCGAAUAGUUGAUGAACUGUUGGCCGCCGGCACUAUACGACCAAGUAAUUCUCCGUAUUCGUUUCCGAUUGUACUUCAAACUAAGAAAUCAGGGGAGCGACGGAUGUGUGUAGAUUAUCGAGCCUUGAACAAGAUUACUGUGCGUGACAGCUAUCCGAUUCCGCUUAUCGACGAUUGCUUAGAACGGGUUGAGGGGAAAAAAAUACUUUUCGGUUUUGGAUCUGAAGAAUGGUUUUCACCAAGUGAAUAUGAGUCCGGAGUCAGUUCCGUACACAGCAUUUGUUACUCCCGGUGGGCAAUACGAAUAUGUAAAAAUGCCUUUUGGAUUACGAAAUGCCCCAGCAGUCUUCCAGAGAUUUCUCAAUAUGGUACUUGAUGAAUUCAUUAGAGAGGGUUCCACUGUAGUCUAUAUGGAUGACGUAACGAUAGCUACCAACACCAUCUCGGAACAUUUCGAUCUUCUGGGACGCGUCCUCAGAAGAUUAGCAGAAUUCCGCUUAGAAAUAAAAAUGGAAAAGUGCCAGUUUUGCUUCACUGAAAUUGAGCUUUUAGGAUUUACAGUGAAUAACCAGGGAGUGAGACCAAAUAAUUCACAUUUGGAGGUUAUGAGGAAUUUGCCAUUUCCGUCGGAUGUCAAGCAGUUAAGCAAAUGUCUUGGGCUAUUUUCGUACUUCCGCCGAUUUGUUCCGUCAUUUUCAACCAUUGCAAUUCCGCUACGCGCUCUUACGAACCCCGGAGUCAAGUUUACUUUUGAUGAAAAGUGCAAGGAAGCAUUCGAAAAUCUACGUAAUAAGCUGGUCUCUUCCCCUGUACUGGCCCUGUACAAUCCGAAUCGUGACACAGAGUUGCACUGCGAUGCGAGUAGUGAAGGUUUUGGUGGCAUAUUGAUGCAAAGACAGGACGAUCUUAAGUUCCACCCCGUUGGAUAUUUCUCUAAGAGGGCAACUACCGCCGAAUCUCGCUAUCAUAGCUUCGAGCUCGAAACCUUAGCAAUUAUAUACUCACUUCGGAAGUUCCGAAUCUACUUGGAAGGUAUUCCGUUCCGCAUCGUGACAGAUUGUAAUUCGCUUACGAUGACUUUGAAUAAGAAGAGCAUUAAUGCUAGGAUUGCUCGAUGGGCUUUAGAGUUAGAAAACUAUCAUUACAGUAUACAGCAUCGCCAUGGCAGGUUCAUGAAUCAUGUCGAUGCUCUCAGUCGCCUCCCUUCCAUCGCUGAUCCAACUAUUUCCGCCAUUAAUCCCGAUGACAUCGACUUCCAACUGCAAGUUGCACAGAGCCGUGAUGCAACGAUUGUUAGACUCCGAGAAGAUUUGGA